AUGGAGCCGCAGUGGACGGCCUACUCCGACACUCCAGGCGCACGCUAUUCGCACAGCAUGGCCUCCCCGCAGCACGCCCCGAGGGACGCCAGCGUGGCCUCGCACAUGAAGCCCGACGCCUACGCAACUCCGUCCCGCCAGAACUCAAUGGCCCUGCAAUCGCCCGCCGGCCCAGGCACCCGCGGGCCCGAGUACAACGACGGCGAUGGCGACGUGCCCAUGGAGGAUGCCUACAAGCCGCGCCUAAAUGUGACGCGACCCAGCCAGACGCAGCGCCAGUCACAACAGUACCUGCAGCAGGCGGAAGAGAGUGCAGCCGCGCGGAGAUACUCGCCUAUGAACCUGUCCCCCACAUCGCCAUAUUCGGGCUCCACGCAGCAGGCCGGCCAGAGCUACACCAGCUUUACCCCACAGACCCAAGCCCAGUCUCAGGCCAGCAGACAGAGCCCGACGCGCAACAACCCCUACAUGUCACCACCGAACAGCUACUACUCCCCACCAUCCUCGCGCCCGAAUGCGCCCCAACUGCCGCCCAUCCAGUCCAACAUGAGCCCCGAAAGCUAUUACCCACAGUCUGCCACGGCGCAAUUGAACGCCGUCUACAACAGAGAGGCCCCCUCGCCGCGCGCAUCCUCCAGCUCGAAUGCCCAGCAAUUGUCCCCUUUACCCAUAGGGCGAGGACCCGUGCCUAAAUUCGAAAAGUGCGUCAAUACAGCCGACCUACGGCCCAAAAUAAACACCCAGCCGCCCUUUCGUCGUGCCAACCCCGAGGGCGGAUUUAUCAGCCCUCUGCAAGCGCUUACUGCGCACCUCCCCAUGACGUACAAGCUAUGUAAUGGCGGAUUCAACUACCAGUCGUCGCGUAACCCCCGCCGAGUCCUCACCAAGCCGAGCAAGGGAGUAAAGAACGACGGAUACGACAAUGAGGACAGCGAUUACAUCCUCUACGUCAACGACAUCCUGGGGUCGGAAGAGUCAGGGCACAAGAACCGGUACCUGAUUUUGGAUGUCCUAGGCCAGGGCACAUUCGGACAGGUCGUCAAGUGCCAGAACUUGAAGACGCAGGAAGUUGUAGCAGUCAAGGUCAUCAAGAACCGAACAGCAUAUUUCAACCAGAGUAUGAUGGAGGUCUCGGUGCUCGAUCUACUGAACAAGCAAAUGGACAAAAACGAUGACCAUCACCUGCUAAGACUCAAAGAUACCUUCAUCCAUAGGCAACAUCUGUGCUUGGUGUUCGAGUUGCUAAGUGUCAAUCUCUACGAGCUAAUCAAACAGAACCAGUUCCGUGGACUAUCUACAACCUUAGUGCGCGUCUUCGCCCAGCAGCUAAUCAACGGUCUCGCACUACUCGGCAAGGCAAAGCUCAUACACUGCGACUUGAAGCCGGAGAAUAUCCUCCUCAAAAAGUACGUCGACUGGCUCACCUUUGCGCGCACACGUCUAACCUUUGACAGCCUCGAGAGCCCAAUCAUCAAGAUUAUCGAUUUCGGUUCGGCAUGCGACGAGCGCCAAACAGUGUACACGUACAUCCAGUCGCGAUUCUACAGAUCCCCCGAAGUCUUGCUCGGUCUACCAUAUUCUGCCGCAAUCGAUAUGUGGUCACUGGGCUGCAUUGUUGUGGAGCUGUUCUUGGGUCUGCCGUUGUUCCCAGGUUCUUCCGAAUACAACCAGGUAUCGAGGAUAACAGAAAUGCUCGGAUUGCCACCACACUGGAUGUUGGAGAUGGGCAAGCAGUCGGGAGAAUUUUAUGAAAAGUCACAAGACGAGUACGGCCGCAAACAGUACCGGUUGAAGUCGAUGGAGCAGUAUUCACGCGAACACGGCACCAAGGAGCAGCCUAGCAAGAAGUACUUUUCGGCUACCACUCUACCAGACAUCAUCAAGAACUACCCCAUGCCGCGCAAGAACAUGAAGCCAAACGAGAUCGAGAGAGAAAUGGCCAACCGAGCCGCAUUUAUCGAUUUCGCUCAGGGACUGCUCAACCUCAAUCCCUUGGAACGAUGGACUCCAGCGCAAGCCAAGUUGCACCCGUUCAUCACACAGGCCAAGUUCACUGGGCCAUUCGUGCCCCCAAUGACCCUCAAGUCAGGCUCGAGCAGGUCCCCAGCACCUGGUGUUCAAGAACAGCAGCGAUACGAAGGCAUGAGCAGACAGCGGCAACAGCAGCAGCAACAAGCUGUGGCGCAACAGCAACAAGCGCAAGCAGCUCAGCAUGCUGCAUACGCAAACAUGCAGAUGAACCAAUAUGCAGCCGCACAAAGCCCGCAGGCUCAGCAGAACCCCUACAACAUGUACAACCCGAACCACCAAGGCGCACCUCCUCCUUACCCCGCCCAAGCUGCACAAUAUGCUCAACCGAUGAACAUGAUGCAAUCCACAGCAGCCGCGGCAAUACAAUCAGCCCCAAAACCUGUAUGCUCAAGCUACUACCCGUGCUGGGCGACAAAGAGCAACGACAAUGGACCAGCAACAGUCUGGUCAGUCUGGUAUUCCACCCGCGCUCCAACGGUCAUGAGCCAUCUGGAUCCUAAUGCGCCUGUUCGUUUACAACCAUCACCAGCUUACUACCCACCACCUCCUGAUGGUGCUCCAGAGAGUGCGAGUAGCGCCAGGAGAAGAGGAUCACGGGCAGGAAACUCGAACCGCAACCACAACUUUGUGCGAAAUUUGGAGGACCGCACGCUAGAAGAGGGUUUCAUGGGCCAGAAUCAUUGGCAGUGAGAAGAGGGUUUUUGGUAUCACUUUUCAAACCACGAAAAAAAGGCGCUGGCCGGCAGCGCGGAGGUGCAAUAGUGGAGGAAUCUCGGCGUUCUGAGUUCUCCUUGAUAUGCCUUUCCCGUGGGGUUCUUCCGUCAGUAUCAUCGUGUGCCACAAGGGCAA